CUCCAACGAAAGCGUCGCAAGGUCCCGGAUUAACCCUUUCCCUGCUCGCCCAUUUAGAGGCCCGGUCGGGUUCCGUGCCUGCGCAAGCCGGCGGCGCGCCUUCCCCCUGGCCCGCACCGCGCAUGCACGGGAGGUGGGGGGGUGCCGGUGGGGGUGUUCACGGCCGGUUAGACAUUCUGUGCUCGUGCAGGAGGAGGGCUCCUACCAUCAGGGACGUGCACGAUUCCCCCCACCCCGCCCCCUGCCCAAACUCCAAAAAAAAAAAAAAAAAAAAUCCAAAACACACUGCCACCCACCGUGCCCCCGCGCCCCGCGUCCAUCCCGUCCCCGGCCUGCGUGCGGUGAGCGCGGGGAGCCCACGGCGAGUGUCUGUGGCUGUGCCAGGCUGCAGGGCCCAAAGAGAUGGGAGCGAGGCUUGGAGAGGCUCUGGAGGCGCCCGGGGUCCCCGCUCCGUUCCCUGCUUCCUCCCCAUCCCGAAGUUGCGAGCUCGCGACCGGGAAGUGGUGCCGCCGCCAUUGUCGCGGCGGCCCCGGGGUCGGGGAGGCGGCCGCCGCCGCUUAUGUAAGUUCGUCUUUGCAGGAGCCCCUGCUCCGGCCCUGCGCAAGCUGUUUGCAGAAGCGUAAUAAAGGGGCGAUUCAGUCCUGGAGGUGUGGUUGGGACUGCAUCUUUCCCUCCACCUACAGGGAUACUGGCAACGGGUAUCUUCUAGUUUGACUCACCUGAAUUUAGCAAUAGGAACGUCUCAACAGAAAAACAUGGUCCCCAGAGAUCUGGAGAGAGAAUGGGGGCCAAAUAACACACUGGCAAAGAAAGAAAAAAAAAAAUCCAGCACAGUGUGGUAUGUUGCCAUGGGUAUUGUACGCCACUCCUUUGCCUGGUCCUUGCUCUUUUAUCCCACAAGCCCUAGGGAGAGGACUGGACACUGUAGGAAGUGACCCGGUAGGAAGGUUUCGCCUGGCCACGUUCCCUUGGGGGUGACUAUAGGUUGGGGUGCAUCCAGGGAACGGGCAGAGUGGGAAGCAUCCUUAGAAAUAAUUCUGCCCAACCCUCACACUUGGCAGAUAAGAAGACAGCCUGCUGCUUUAGCAGCUUAAUGGUGUUAUCGCUUUUCUUUAGAGGGGCCUUUGGAGGGCUUUUCAGGACUGUGGUCCCACCCACCACACUCAAGUUUGUGUGCUCACUCACUGUUCAGUAGAGCAGACUUUAUGUUUUUCAGGAUGUUGGUCUGCAGGAUGGAGUCUACUUGGUAAUAGUUAAAACCCGCAAAAAUUUAGAAUCCUUAGAGUUUCCCUGUAGGGACAGAGGCAGAAACACCUGGAUUUCUCACGUGCAAGCUUCAAGAUGAGAGUGGCUUAAGUAAUUGUGUGCUACAUCACACAGAAGUGUGGACAGAAGAAAGCAGCUACUGUUCCCUCUCCUCCAGUGUUAACUGUUGGGUAGCUGGACCCGAUGCUGCCAGCCACCCUCCUCUCUGUUCCAAACUUGAAAAUGGGUACAGGUGCCAGUGGCAGGACAAAAAAGGACUGGCGUGCCCCUGAUCAGAGUUAUUCUGAUCCGAAGAAUUUGGUGUUUAAAGCGUUAAGAUAAUAGCCUGAGUUGUUCAUGGAGUUUUUCAUCAGUAUGUCUGAAACCAUUAAAUAUAAUGACGAUGAUCAUAAAACUCUAUUUCUGAAAACACUGAACGAGCAGCGCCUGGAAGGAGAAUUUUGCGACAUCGCGAUCGUGGUUGAGGAUGUGAAGUUCAGAGCACACAGGUGUGUCCUUGCCGCCUGCAGCACCUACUUUAAAAAGCUCUUCAAGAAGCUUGAGGUUGACAGCUCUUCGGUAAUAGAGAUAGAUUUUCUCCGUUCUGAUAUAUUUGAAGAGGUCCUGAAUUACAUGUACACAGCAAAGAUUUCUGUGAAGAAAGAAGAUGUUAACCUCAUGAUGUCAUCGGGUCAGAUUCUCGGUAUCCGAUUUUUGGAUAAACUCUGUUCUCAAAAGCGAGACGUGUCCAGCCCUGAUGAAAACAACGGCCAGUCCAAGAGCAAGUACUGCCUCAAGAUCAAUCGCCCCCUCGGAGAUGCUGCUGACACUCAGGAUGAUGAUGUGGAGGAGAUCGGAGACCAGGACGACAGCCCCUCCGACGACACGGUAGAAGGCACCCCCCCGAGUCAGGAGGACGGCAAGUCGCCCACCACGACGCUCCGGGUCCAAGAAGCGAUCCUGAAAGAGCUGGGCAGCGAGGAGGUGCGGAAAGUCAACUGCUACGGCCAGGAAGUCGAAUCCAUGGAGACCCCCGAGUCCAAGGAUCUGGGGUCCCAGACCCCUCAAGCCUUAACAUUUAAUGAUGGGAUGAGCGAAGUGAAGGACGAACAGACGCCAGGCUGGACCACAGCUGCCAGCGACAUGAAGUUUGAGUACCUGCUCUACGGCCACCACCGGGAGCAGAUUGCCUGCCAGGCCUGCGGGAAGACGUUUUCCGACGAGGGCAGGCUGAGGAAGCACGAAAAGCUGCACACGGCCGACCGGCCCUUCGUCUGCGAGAUGUGCACCAAGGGCUUCACCACGCAGGCUCACCUGAAGGAGCACCUGAAGAUCCACACGGGCUACAAGCCCUACAGCUGCGAGGUGUGCGGCAAGUCGUUCAUCCGCGCCCCGGACUUGAAGAAGCACGAGCGGGUGCACAGCAACGAGCGGCCCUUCGCCUGCCACAUGUGUGACAAGGCCUUCAAACACAAGUCCCACCUCAAGGACCACGAGCGCAGGCACCGGGGCGAGAAGCCCUUCGUGUGCGGCUCCUGCACCAAGGCCUUCGCCAAGGCGUCCGAUCUGAAACGGCACGAGAACAAUAUGCACAGCGAACGGAAGCAGGUCACCCCCAGCGCCAUGCAGAGCGAGACGGAGCAGCUGCAGGCAGCGGCUAUGGCCGCAGAGGCAGAGCAGCAGCUGGAGACCAUCGCCUGCAGCUAGAGGCGGGGAACCAGGAUGCUGGGGGCAGGGAUGCUCCGCCCGCAUCCUGCAUCCUGACCCAUGAACGCCAGCCGCUGCAUUUCGGUGGAAACUUACGGAGCAUUGUAUUCACUGGACUUAAGGCAGCGCUUGGUUGGGUGUUUUGAAAACUUUGCAAGGAAAUACCGUUCCUUGGUUCUGACCGAACAGUCUCCCUGUCCCGUCUGGUGUCUAGUAUUAAUGUUGCCAGUAAGCACCCGCCCCCCCCCCUUUUUUUUAUGAUUUCUGAUUUUAAUUUGAGAACUGUGUCCAGUUCAGAAGUGAGAGACUUCUGUCCUUUUUUAAAAUUCCUCUCUCCGCUUGCUGCACCCGGGAGUGCACUGCACAGAGAGAUAAUUGAGUGAAUUGAUUUCGUGAUCAUCACCGGUCUAUGUGACUUAGGGUCACAAUGGCAUUUUUAAGAACUUUAGUAAAAGUACUUCAGGUCGACGCAGAAAAUACGGGUGGGUGGUUGACCAAGAACCUUGUGUGCGCAGAUAUGAAAACAAGUUCUGGAAAUGCAAAAUGGUCUCAGAUUUAUAUAUUUGGUUUGUUAAUUUUCUAUCACUGUUUUUCAUGGUUUUCGUGGACAAAUAAUGGUUGCUUUGCUGAAGUGUUUCUUCAUCCCUUUUGAUUGCCCGUACCUGCCCCCAAAGAUGUUGUCACAUGUCCUGAAGGCAUGUUGGUGAUGUGAGGGUUGAGUUUUUUCAUUCCUCUUAUUUCGGGCAUUGCCACUCUGCAGCAGAUGAGGAUUGUGGGAUGGACCAGUGGUGAGAGGGUUAGAAAAGGGAGUAUAGGAACCUGGCUCUCAGAGACAAGGUUUGCACAUUUGCAGCAAUUCCAAGAUUUCCCAGAUCAAAAUAAUUCCUAAUUGAUUUUGAAACUGGAUUUUUGUUUAGGAUCAAAAUCAGGGCAAGAACAAGUAUGCCUCUUCGGAUACGUUUGUGUAACUUAAAAGAAUGUCAUCAAGCUUUUGGGCUCUCUGUAGCACGUGAUUUAUCCAUAAAGGAGAUGCAGUGUCCUUCCUUAAAUCAAUAUGUUUAAAAUUUUUUAAGUGUGUAAAUAGUACAGAAGCGUUGGUCUUAUGUAUCUCAAGUACAAGUAGACAGCUGCACUUUUUUUUGCACAUUGGAUUAAAGUUACUUCCAUCAGCAACAAACAUCAGUCUGUUUUUAACUGAUAUUAAAGAUUGUCAGACCAAAUGUUUCUGUUUUUGAAGUAUAUUUCCUCACUGGUUACAGUUUUAAGUGGAAAUUGACUGCCUUUUCAUAGCCGUAAACGGAAUUCUAAGUGCUGUUUCAAUUCUGGUGUAUGAAACUUUUCAAACAUUUCUUUAGGAAUAUAUUGAAAUAUCAACAAUAGUUUGAAUUAUGUUCUGUAAUAAAGUAUUCGUCAGUUAUUUUAGAAUGUACCAUUUUCAAAAGAUGUCAAUUUUUAAAAUUUAUUUUUGGUUGCUAGGAUUUUUUUUUAAAGAUAUAUUAAAGUAAUUUCAUUUCCUAGCUUGUUGCAUUAACACCUGUAAUUAUUAUUGUGAGAGAAAUUUUAUUUUUUAAAUUGGUGUGUAUGUUAUACCCAAGAUUGUAGGAUGAAGAUGCUACCUUUUUAAGGAACUUAUUUAUUGGUAAAUGUUUAAUUUAGUUUAAAACUAAUUUAACUUCUUUUCUUAAAAGUUGAUUAUUUUGUCCUAAAAAUAGUCUUGUCACUGUUUAUAUACUAUUAAUAGAAGGGGAACCGAUUGCGGUUCCUAGGCUGUUUUAACCAAAGCAAAGGAAAAAUAGUUUAACAUCUUGUGGAUAGCUACUUCAGCAAAUCAUUUUUGGGGCCUUCGUUUUUUUAUAUAAAAGAAAAUACACUUCUGUCAUUCCUGUUUUCAUUUUUUCCUAGCAGCCUGUCACAUACCCAGGUUUCUACCAAAGUUCAUUUUCUAUACUGUCUUCGUCCUGGUUUUACAGAGUUGCAAGUUCACUGUGUGGCAUUAACCCUCAUUGAAACCACCUAAUCACGGUGGUCUCCCAAAAAGGAAGCUUAAUUUUCAGCACUUUAUUUGCAGCCUGUAAAUAUGUGUCAUUUGUCGUAUAUUGCAUGAGAAAUAUAUUUGUGUUGUAAU